GAGUGAUACACACAGGAAUGGUAGGGCUGAGGAGAGAUACAUCGGAGGUGGGCGGGUCCCUGCAUCCUGCUGCACCUGCCGGUGUCCCGAUUCCCAACCACUGCCUCAGCCAGGAAGCCUUAUCCCAAUACUGCUGCUGCUCUGUAUUCAGCCUGCCCGCCGUGCCAAACCGGCCUUGCCCGUACCCACCUGACCCGGUGCUGCCCGCCUGACUCUUAGAUCUCUGUGCUGCUCUACGCCACCUGUGACCACUGGAACUAGUGCUGCUCUGCGGUGUAUACACCAGCCCGGCGCUGUGCUGCACCCCCUGUACCGACCAGCCCGGCGCUGUGCUGCACCCCCUGUACCGACAGGUCCGGGACCUGAGCUGCAGACUCUGUACUCACCGGCCCGGGACCUGAGCUGCGCCCACUGGACCCACCGGCCCGGGCUCUGCACCCCUGGCGCUGGAGCUACACACAGGUGAAGAUGAAAAGACUUAAGCGGUAUUUCACAAAGGCGCUCCACCGGAUUCAGAAGGGUCCUGGUUACACCUACAAGGAGCUGCUCGUCUGGUUCUGCAAUAACACCAACACACAUGGCCCGAAACGUAUUGUCUCCGAAGGACCUAAGAAGAGAGUCAUGUGGUUCCUUUUGACCCUGGUUUUUGCAUCUCUUGUAUUCUGGCAGUGGGGUGUUGUCAUACAAACCUACCUCUCGUAUGGUGUCAGUGUGUCUCUGUCAAUAGGCUUCACCUCAAUGGUGUUCCCAGCUGUAACUGUCUGCAACGCCAACCCCUAUAAAUACUCCCGUGUGAAGCAUCUGUUGGAGGAUUUGGAUGAUCUCGUUGACACUGCUUUGGAUCGGAUCCAGGCUUUAAGCCAAACAGACACCGGAGACUCACCUUUGAAUAAUUCUAGCCUGAAUGCAACCUAUGACCCCAGUCUGUGGAACAAUAUGCCCCUGGUUGUCAUUGAUGAAAACGACCCUGACAAUCCAAUAGUCUAUAAUGUCUUUGACAGUAGCACAUAUUCUUCUCGGGGUAAUGCCACCUUGGGCAACCAAACGACUUAUGCCGAGAGAUACAAAAUAGCUAUUCAACUGUGUACCAAUAACAUGACAGAAUGCGAGUACCGCAAUUUUACCAGUGGGAUUCAAGCCAUACUUGAAUGGUACCUUCUGCAGUUCUCCAGUAUCUUCUCCAAAAUACCUUUAAGUGAGAAGAUUGAAAUGGGAUACAGGGCUGAAGACAUGAUUCUCACCUGCAUGUUUGGAGGACAGGCCUGCAGUUACAGAAAUUUCACCCAAAUUUAUGACCCGGACUAUGGAAACUGUUACAUCUUCAACUGGGGCCAGGAAGGUCAGGAGCUGAUGGAGUCUGCAAAUCCAGGAGCUGAUUUUGGGCUGAGGAUGGUGAUAGACAUUGAUCAGAAGGAAUACAUUCCCUUUCUCCAGACUACAGGAGCUGCCAGACUUAUUUUGCACCAGCAGAGAAGCUUUCCGUUCCUGAAGGAUUUGGGGAUUUAUGCCAUGCCUGGGACGGAGACCUCUGUCGCUGUUCUUGUGGACCAAACGCAGCAUUUAGAGGCUCCGUACUCCACUUGCACAGUAAAUGGCUCUGAUAUUCCUGUGGCGAAUCUAUAUGAAAAAUACAACAGUUCAUAUUCAAUCCAGUCCUGUCUGCGAUCCUGUUUCCAAGAAAGGAUGGUAGAACAAUGUAAUUGUGCCCAUUACCUGUACCCACUACCGGAUGGGGCCAGUUACUGUAAUAACCAGGAUGAUCCGGACUGGGUGUCCUGCUAUUAUCAGAUGGAGGACUCUGUAACUGUGAGAGAAAGAUGCAUUGAUCUGUGUAAGCAGCCAUGCAAUGACAGUAACUAUAGAAUGACCAUCUCCAUGGCUGACUGGCCGUCUGCUGCAGCAGAGGACUGGAUUUUUCACGUUCUAUCUUUUGAGAAAGACUUCAGCCCAGAAAUCACUGUUGACAGCAAUAGCAUCAUCUUGCUGAACAUCUACUUCCAAGAAUUUAAUUACCGCACUAUUUCUGAGUCGGCAACCACCAAUCUGGUGUGGCUGCUAUCGAACUUGGGAGGUCAGUUUGGAUUCUGGAUGGGCGGCUCGGUCCUGUGUAUCAUCGAGUUUGGAGAGAUCAUCAUAGACUGCAUUUGGAUCACCAUACUCAAACUGCUCGCCUGCAGGAAAGCGAGGAAAGAGAAGAGACGCCGCCCUGAUUAUGCGGAACCGCCACCUACAAUCUCUGAGCUGGUAGAGGCAUAUUCCAAUCCUGGAUUCCAUCAUGAAGAUUUAGACCAUACCAGUAUGCCAAUACCAGGCACCCCACCUCCGAAGUAUGACUCCCUACGGGUGCAAGAGAUGGAUGCCAUUGAGGCCAUAUCCAGUGAUGAGGAAUAAUACAACUUUACGAGUAUUCAUUGUGAAAACUAACAUCCAUUAUUAAUGCAUCAAUCAGUUUCUAUUUUAAUUAACACCUGAAUGAACUGUUAAUCAUAUGUCAUAAUCUUAAAUUAUAGGAGAGAAAUAAAGCAAUCUAUGUAUUUUUGGAGAAGAAGCAGCACUGAGUACUGGGCAUUGUCAGUAUUACUCUACUUGGACAGAUUAGAAUACAACAUACAAUGGAGCUAAACAUACAAAAGUAUUCUGAUAUUGAUGCACUUUUAGGAUCCACACUAACAUAAUAAUAAAAUCGAAGUCUUUAUUAUAAUCCUUCCAGAUCAUUUCUUCAGCAAAAUAUUGGAUUCAAAUUGAUGCCCCAGUAACUAGAAAAAGAAUAGUGUCCACAAAUAAUUCUAAGAAAGGAUGAUGAUGUGCCCUAACGGUGCCCCAGUCACAAUACCAGUUAAUGUUGACUGUAAAGCAUCAGUUAUUUCACAUGUGUAUAUACAUUUUCAUAUAUUGUAAGACAUGUUUUAUUAAUUACCCAACAUUAACAGGAAAAUUGUGGUGGUUUGAAGUUAUAUCCAGGGUGCAAUGUGUCCUAUUCAUUCCUGGUAGUCUAACAGGUUGUAUCUUAAAUGACUAGACUGGGUGUACACUGCUCAGAACAAAUAAGAUUGAGCGUGCACAAGCUGGGUCUGAUAUGCUGGUGGUCGGGGUGCCGGCGGUCAGAAUACCGACUGUGCCAUCCUUGUGGUGAGAAUCCCGACAGGGGCACGGUAAGUAUAUUUACCUUUUCCCAAUGCCCCCCUAACCCUCCCGUCUCGCAGCCAAAACCUAAACCCCCCCAGCAGCUGUCCCUAACCCUCCCAGGUGGUGCCUUAAACUAACCCCCCUUCCCGCAGCCUGAACCUAACCCUCCCCCCAGCAGCCUAAACCCAACCUCCCCCUGGGGCUUACAUCUCCGGCGGCCCAGCAAACACUCGGGAUUCCGCUGCCAGGAUUGUGUCCCUAUCUGGAUGCCAGCACUGGCAUUCCGAGCAGUAUUGGGAUUCCGGCGUUGGUGUUUCAGCUGCAGGGAUUCUGACCGGAUCCCACGUGCACACUGUGGCCCAAAUGUACUAAGCCUUAACAAGAGAUAAAGUGGAGACUGAUAAAGAGUGAUAAAGGACCAGCCAAUCAGCUCCUAACUGUCAUUUUUCAAACACAACCUGUGACAUGGCAGUUAGGAAGCUGAUUGGCUGGUCAUUUAUCAGUCUCCACUUUAUAUCUUGUUAAGGCUUACUACAUUUGGGUCUAUGCAUCUUACCAAACAACCCAACAAUGUACAGUAUUUUAUGAGAUAUAUUGUUGCCCCGGUACACACUAUAAUGAUCACUGGCUAAUUUAAAUAAUGGGAAUAUCGUCAGGACGUCUGCUUGGUAGUACACACAGAAGUACAAAUCGCUAGCGAUAUCACUAGCUUUGAUCUGCAGCACAGCAAACCUGACGUCACAUGCGACUGCGGGAUCAUGAAUAUUAAGCAUACACACAGUGAUAUGUCGGUCCGAACCGCCCGAUUGGACGACAUAUUACUCAUGCCCAGAUUUAUCAAGCUUUGGAGAGUGAUAAAUUG